AUGUCCUGCGACAAGCCAACCCUCCCUUCUUGUGAGGGGGGAACUCCCCCUGAGCCUUCCUCUGCAAGUGUACCCUCUCAAGAACUCCUAGGGGGCCCCUCAGGGGGCCCCUCGGGGGGCCCCCCGGGGGGGCCCCCUGGGGGCCCCCCUGGGGGCCCCCUAGGGGGCCCCCCUGGGGGCCCCCCAGGGGGCCCCCCGGGGGGCCCCCCUGGGGGCCCCUGGACUUCUACAAGUCAGCCCUCUUUGGAGUUUUUCUUGAGUCAGAUUUGCUGCUUCGACAGGGAGAGUAUUGAGAAGGUGAAUGAAACCCUAAACCCUAAAUCAGUGGAUGAUUUGAUUUACUGCUGCUUGGAGGCCCUGUGGGCCCCCGCCCCCAGCAGCAGCAGCAGCAGCAGCAGCAGCAGCAGCAGCAGCAGCGGCAGCAGACUCAGCGCCUGCAUGGAGGACCUGCGGAAGUUCUUGGCAGCAAAUAAAGGCAAACAAAAUACCAGGGGGGCCCCCCAAGCCGAAAAGAAGGGUCUGGGGGGCCCCCCUUCAAAUGUUUCUUCCCAAGAAACAGCUGCCAGCUGCGACAGCAGCAGCAGCAGCAGCAGCAGCAGCAGCAGCAGCAGCAGCAGCGGCAGCAGCAGCGACGUGACCUUGUGCUCCAGCUUCGAAUCCACUCCAGCGAGUUCUCAGGGCUCACUGCCCCAAGACCAGCCCUUAGGGGGGCCCCCCCAAGGGGGCCCCCAGGGGCCCCCUGGGGGCCCCUUCCAGGGGGGCCCCCAGGGGGGCCCCCAGGGGGGCCCCCUGGGGGGCCCCCAGGGGGGCCCCCAGGGGGCCCCCCAAGGUGCCCCUCAAGCACUGAAGGGGCCCCCCAAGGGGCCCCCAAGGGGGCCCCCCAAGGGGGCCCCCAAGGGGGCCCCCAAGGGGGCCCCCAAGGGGGCCCCCAAGGGGGACCCCAAGGGGGCCCCCAAGGGGGCCCCCAAGGGGGCCCCCAAGGGGGCCCCCCAAGAAAACAUGAGGGACAUAGCCGAUGCCCUUGUCACUCACGGCUGCCUCUCCCUGUCGGACCUUGCGGAGCUUCUGCAGCAGCAGCAGCAGCAGCAGCAGCAACAGCAGCAGCAACAGCAGCAGCAGCAAGAGCAGCAGAAGCGUGAGCAGCAGCAGCAACAGCAGAACACUGAAAUGGAGGAGGAAGCAGCGGGAGGCACAGCUGUUUCAGCCGAGCCGACAGCAGCAGCAGCAGCAGCAGCAGCAGCACCAGCAGCAAAUUCAGCAGCAGAAGCAGCAGCGGCUCCCGCAGCUGCAGCAGCAGCAGCAGCAGCAAAUUCAGCAGCAGAAGCAGCAGCGGCUCCCGCAGCUGCUGCAGCAGCCUUCAAUGCUUCAGCAUUUCUUAUGAGUCGGUUUGGGUUGAAUUACCGGCAGAGCCAGCAGCUGCUGCGGCUGCUGCUGCAGCAGCAGCAGCAGCAGCAACAGCAGCAGGCAGCAGAACAAGAACGGCAAGAAAGACAGCUCUAUCAGAUCUCCUCCGACAAGGAAUUCAAAAAGGUUGCCGACAGGGUUUACUCGUACAUGCACUUCGACCGCUUCGUCUUCGACCAAAUCAUCGACACUCCUUACCUCCAACGCCUCCUUUAG